AUGCCAUCGAGGUUCCUUCAAAAACUCAAGGUCGACAAUGACCAAGUCGUCGGCUACGUGACCGACAGAUGGAUUAAUCCGGACAUCGCUCCUCUGCCCCCCAAUAGGCGUACUUGGGGUUACUGGGCCUACAUUGGCUGGGGAUCUAUCGCAAGUCUGUGCAUCUCUGCUUGGACUGCCGCGGCGUCUCUGUUGUCGCUGGGUCUCACAGUCCCACAGACCAUCGGCCUUAUGAUUCUGGCUCGAGUUCUCAUGGUUCUUCUUGUCAUUGGAAACGGGUGGAUGGGUGCAGAGUGGCACAUUGGCUUCAGUGUCGCGCAAAGAAUAGUAUUUGGCAUGCACGGUGCUUACAUAGGCCAGGCAAUGCGUAUCAUGCUGUCAAUUGUCUGGUAUGGUUCUCAAGCUUGGCUUGGCGGUCUCUGCGUCUCGGCUAUGAUUAGUAGCUGGAGCUACAGUUUCUUGCACAUGGAGAACACAUUCCCAGCAAGUGCCAACAUGGUUACCAGAGACUUUAUAGGCUUCCUCUUAUUUCAUAUUAUAUCCAUUCCGUUCUUGCUUAUCCGCCCCGAGAAAUCGAAAUGGUACGCCAUCGCCGCAAACGUCAUCGUCCUUUUUGUCAUGCUCGGCAUCACCAUCUGGGCAACCACCACCGCGGGAGGUGCUGGGCCUCUAUUCAUCGCCGGCGUUCGUCAACCUGGAACUCUCUCCAAGGGUUGGGCCUGGGUGUACGGCAUCAUUGCCAGCGUUGGCAAUAUUGCAGCAGGCAUCAUCAAUCAAAGCGAUUUCACUCGUUUUGCACGGAAGCAGGGCGUUCAAAUCCCAGGCCUUGUCUUCUCUCUACUCGGCGCUGGCAUGCUCGUGCCCAUCUUCGCCAUCCUGACAGCUUCAGCAUCUAUGGACAUCUGGAACGUCGAGGAGCCGUUCUGGAACCCGCUGGCCAUUGUCAUACAGUGGAUGCUAGACGAUUACAGUGCCAAAGCUCGGGCUGGCGCUUUCUUCUGCAGCUUUGGCUUCGUCCUUGGCCAGAUUGCAGAGAACGUCCUCGGAAACGGAUAUGCCGCUGGCAUGGACCUUGCUGGCUUGUUUCCCAAGUGGAUCUCCAUCCGCAGGGGUACUCUGAUUGCGGCGCUGUUGUCGUGGGCGGUUCAACCGUGGGAGUUUUACAACACUGCCAGUGUUUUUGUCGCCGUUGCCGCGUCCUUCUCCGUGUUCCUCAGUCCUCUGACCGGAAUAAUGAUGGCUGACUACUUCAUCGUCCGUCGGCAGAAGAUCCAAAUCAGCCAUCUAUACACAGGUUCAAAAGAGGGUUCUUACUGGUACACAUACGGCUUCAACUGGCGUGGAAUCGUCGCCUGGGUCGUCUGCUUCGUCCCCGCCAUGCCAGGCAUGAUUGCCAACGUGAACCCGUCGGUAAUUAUCUCACGCGGCUUGUUCAACUAUUAUCUCGGUAACUACCUCUUUGGCUUCUUCGAGUCAGCUGUCUUGUACACUGUCUUUUGCUUUAUAUCGAAACCCAAGGGUGCUGGGCUCCAGGAUGAUAAGGAUAUCUAUGGCACGUUUGAGGAGAGUGUUGCGAUUCGCAAGGGCAUCACGCCGAUGAACAAGAACAUCGACCCGGAAGGCAUUGAGCAGAUUGAUUCCGUUCCUGGACACAAUAAGGCGACGGAUGUUUGA